UGAGUUAGACUGGACCUGUGAGGUUAACAUGCUGCUGCUUAUGUUCCUCAUCCUUCAUCUUUAUCUACAGGUGCUCGUCACUGCAUCUUCAUCCUCCUCUGAGGAAGAUGGGAGCAGCGAGAGGGAUGAUGGGGAACACAGUAAAGGUUCUUCUCAUCAGCACCAGUGGGGUUACCAUGAUCAGGAACGAUGGCUAUCUGCAUUUGAGCACUGCAGGGGAAAGUCUCAGUCUCCAAUCAACAUAGACACUCGUAAGGUUUUCUAUGAGCCCAGACUCCCUGCCAUUCAGCUGGAGGGUUAUGAUCUCACCGGCUCGCCCGCUCUCACACUCUUCAACAACGGACACACACUGCAGCUGAGCCUGCCGAGCAGCAUGCGCAUCGUGACGGGCUUUGACCAUGUGUACGUCGCAGCCCAGCUUCACUUUCACUGGGGAACUACAGCGGACCCUGGCUCAGAGCACACCGUGGAUAAAGUACAUUUCCCUGCUGAGAUCCACGUGGUUCAUUAUAACUCCAAAUAUGCAAAUCUGAUCGAGGCUGCUAGUAAAGCUGAUGGAUUGGCAGUGUUAGGAGGAUUUAUAGGUAUUGGCCUGCAUGAAAAUGACAACUAUGAAAAGAUCCUGUCUGCUUUAAAAGACAUCAGCAAAGAGGAGUCAAACACUGAGAUUCCUGGUUUUAAUGUGCGCCAUCUUCUGCCAAACAGCCUGGAGGGGUUUUACAGGUACGCCGGGUCCCUGACGACCCCUCCCUGCUUUCAAACGGUCAGCUGGACUCUGUUCAAUGACUCGAUCAGAGUGUCAAGAAGACAGCUAGCGGCAUUGGAGGACUCGCUGAAGACUGAACACAACAAGCUUCUGUCCAAAAACUUCAGAGCGCCACAACUUCUGCACGGGAGAAAAGUGCUGACAUCUUUCCGCACGGCAUCCACUACGGGAAAAGCCAGAGAAGCUCCACGGCUUGAAACACACGGCAGCGGUGUAAUGAAAACUAGUGGCGCCAAAUGGCACAUCCUGGCCAUAACGUUUGGGGUUCUCUUCGCCGUCACAUUGCUGGUCUUCUCCAUGUACACAUAUCGACAGAAGAAAAAGUACUCAAAGUUUAAAAAAGACUCCAAGCAAAAUGUUAUUUAUAAACCAGCAGCCAAAGACACAGAUCCAACCUCUGUUACCGUAACAUGAGCCACGGUUAUUCUGAAACUUUUGUCUUGUUUGUUUGUUUGAGGGACGAGUCUUGAAAGUGAGAUUUUGGAAUGAAUUUUCCAAACAAAAUAUGGUUUGCAAACUAGUAGAAGUGAUCAAUCUUAUUAUGUUGUGUAGUUGUAUGUUCUGGUAUGUUGUGUCACUUUAUGUGUUAACAUACAUUCUUAAAAUAAAGGUUCCAAAAGGGGUUUUCACAGUCAAAGAAGAACUAAUAGAAUGGAAAUAUUCCAUGGAUGAUGAAGGUUCUUUAUUGAACUACAGAUGCCAAUAAAGAACCUUCAUUUUAAGAAUGUAAAGGUGUCUAAUAUUGAAGUUUGUAAAACUAUUUUAGCUUUUUCUUCCAAAAUUAUUCAGAUCAUAAUAUCAAGUAAUAUUUCAUUCAUCCACCCACAAAAUGUAUUGUGAUAUUUUAAGUUUCUAAAAUUAGUUCUGAAAAACUCCCAGCCUACAUUCCCACAACCCAGACAGUGACGACUGCCUUCUGAGAGUGGACCACAAACAUGAUUCACUCAUUUUAUGCUGACGAUUUCCACACAGUCUUAAUGUGAAGCUGUGUGACGAAUCCUGUAAGCACCGGUAUUGCUUAAGGUGAUUAAACUUUGAAAUCGGAAAGCUC